CACAUAUGCCUAUCUGCCACGGACCUUCGAGGUAGCAAGGUGGUCAGUUAGUGGUGUGUAGAAGUGAGAGUUCGAAUUUUUACAUUUUCUUUUAAACCAUUUAUUUUUUGCAGCUGCAUACCAAAGACAACAAACUCUUUUUUUUAUACUGUGAAAUGAAGGCAUUGUCUGCUUGUUGAUAAGAGGAUUUCUAACAAACAAGGAGACUAUUCAAUAAUUGAGUCGUAGAAUUUUGUAAAGGUAAGCCGUCAAACUUUUGUUUGUCUACAGGUAAAUUAACUUUUACAUUGUGUCGUGAAAAAGGCAGGUCACCCAAAGCAGAAAAGACAUAGUUGCAGUGAAUCUAAUUACCAGUAUUUACAGUUCUAUCAAUCAAGUAACAUCCCCAGGCGUGUUUAUCUACCUAAUUAAGCACUUAUUUGAUUGAUUUUAAAAUUUAACAAUUAAGAUACAUGACACAUUUACUUUAAAUAUGUUUAAAUUAAUAGCAUGAGUUUGUGGCAUGAAAACAGUUUAAAUAAUUUGUAUUGGUACCAUCCCCAUGGCUGAUUCCUCUCUCAUCCUCUUUCCCUUUCUCACCUCCCCCUCUCUUACAAUAAUUGCCCAUCUGGAAUAAAUCAAGUUGAUUGAAUUGAAUUCUGUCCCUCCCUAGAUGUUCCCCUGGUCAGCAGUGUUUUCUCUGGAGCCGAAGGUGCCUGGACAGCGUACGGCAGAAGAACUAGUCACCAACACUCUGAUGCUGGAGCUGGGUGCCAUGGUGAAGCGUACCGAACGUAUUCGUCUGGAGAGGGUGACAAAAGAGGGCCGGCGCCGGCGCAGCUCUUCCUCCGCUGACUACAGCUGGCUGGCCACUGCCCCCAGCCACCAACCGUACGAGCUGACCCCCCGAGACCUGAUAGACCUGCAGGACCUGUGUGCCAGGGUGCCACCGUCUCAGUGUGGCCCUGUCAUUGUUAGGUGGGACUUUGUACCUUAUGAGUGUCAGAGAGGUGUACGUACACCACAUAUCCUGAAUGUCUCAGGUAGAUCAUUGAGAUGGAUUCAUGAUCAUUCUCAACAGGUUCUUAUGUCUUCAAAGUGAACUUGGGGCCACCUUUUUUCCCUUUGUCCCUUUAUCAAUAUCAAGCAAACUCCUUUUUGACCUUUGCCCUCUACCCCAGGUUCAGGAAUCUGGUGACGGAGAUCGAGCCGGAGGUUCAUGAGGUGGCUCGUCUGUUCCGCACGGUUCUCCGUGACUGUGUGGAGGGAGAAGAGGAGAAUGAGGAGAUGAGGAUGAGGUCAGCCAACUGGGACAAACAACGCAGCAAGAGCCUAUCCUUCGUAACCUUCCGCUCCAAGUUCCGCCCCGCUCCCUUCAGGGGCGGGGGCCUGGGCGGGUCACGCAGCAACCUGCAGGAGUCGUCGAGCUGGUACGAGGAGGACGAGGUAGAGCAGCAGGAGGGAGCAGCAAACGUGGCGAGAGCAGCCACGAAAGGGAGGAGUAUGAGCAUGCCUGAUAUCACCCCCAUCGAACAGAGUGCACUUGGCUGAGGGAGAGAGCGGGAGGGAUGGAGAAAGAGAAUAGGAGACAAGAGAUUGAUAGGGGAGGUCAAGAUGAGAUGCAACAUGAGGACAGGUCACACCUCAGCAGAUUUCCACUGACUGUUUAGACAUAAUGCAGUUACAUACGCUAGAGUAGAAUUGCAAGCUUAGCCUGCAGAUAUGCCAUACUAUUUCUGUUUUUUUUUAUUGUGAAUUACAUUUUCCAAAUGCGUUAACACCUGAACUGCAUGUAAAAUGAACUAGAAAAUAAAGGACUUAUUUUCC